UAAUAAAAUUAUCUAUAUUUAAAAUCAGUAUAUUCUUUAAGAUAAUAAGAGUGUUUAUGAGUAUAAACCAUGAUAGAAAGUACUACAUCAAAGCAUAUCAAUAUUGACAGAAAUGCCAAGAUGUACUCAGACUUGAGUAUUCCUCCAAAUCAAUAUGCCUCUAUUCCUGUUCAAGUAACACUUCCAAACAAUAAUAUCUUGUCAACUAAUUUUGCAUUGUCAGAUACAAUUUUGGAAGUGAAACGUUUUAUUUUACUAGCCUUACAACCAAAAAUAGAAAACAUACAACAAAUAAAAUGUGUUAUACACGAGGAACAUAAAGUAUUUGAAAUAAAUGACUACACAUUACUAAAACAAAAAUGGAACAACUGUCCAAUUCAAAUAUCAGUAAAUAUCAAACAUUGUGAGGACAAUGAAAAGGUAAUCAAUGAGUCCAAUGCUUCACCACAGUCCAUAAUACAUUCAAAGUAUGGAAAUAUACUUGACACAAAUGCCACAAUGCCAAAAUGUGUAACAGGAUAUAGAAAUAAAAAUACUGGUAAGCUGUAUAGAAACACAAUUGUACAAACAGUAUCUGAAAAUAUUGACUUUGAUAAUCAAUACUACGAGAAUAAAAUUUCAAUGGCAAUUCAAACAAUUCAAACUAAAGAUGCAUCUACUGAAUCUAUAGUUGAAUUUGGUACUCAAACUGAAUCAAUGGAUAUUCUUCGUUCUUUAAAUAUUAUAAGAGAAAUAAGUAAUUAUCAUAAAUUAAGACAAGCAACAUUUAUUUAAUUUUUGUUUAUUUAACAAUAGCUCCUCGUCAACCUGUUAUACUUCCGGAUGCAAACAGAAUAAAAGACCUCAAUAAAUAUGUUCGUAUAAUACAAAAGUCAGUGCGA